AAGGAAGUAGGAGGAAAAGGGAAAUAUAGAAACCAGUACAGAUGAAAAAAUAAAAAGAGGAAGGAGAAAGAGAGGAGGAAGAGAAAGAAAGAGGGAAAAACAAAGAAGAAUAUAAAAAUAAGGACGCAUCUGGCCACUCCAUCCACAGCUUUCUGGACGCGCCCCUGUUUGUGCCUCAACGAUGCACUUUUAUGCCUUUAUUUUGAAGUGCUGGUCUCUCUGUUUCCGGGUGCCUAACCUUUAACUUGACGCUGUUGUUUUGAAAUCAGCGGCUGAGAGCAGCAACACUGCGGAUCGCUGCAAUCCUGCAGCUUCAUCUCCCGCAGACGAACCCUCUCCUCCUCCUCUAGCUGUUAUUUUUAUUUUUAUCGUCAGAGGAAGACCUCAGGACGAUGAGCCGCGAAUGACAGCCUGCUGCCCGCUGGGAGGACAGCUGCUGCGGACUCAGGGUUGCCCUUGACUCGGGGAGUUGGAGAGGACAGCAGGGACCACCGUGUUGCUGAGGACUGAUGGAGGUGACAUUGUGACGGUUCUGGACCGCCGGGGGACGCUGGCCGGGCCCCGUAGAGGGACUUCAUCUCAGCCGGCAGCGGAGCAGCAGGAGAGACCCCGCUGAGGGGACGGAGCAUCUGCGGGGAGUCCUGGUGCUGGAGCUCCGCUGGUCGAGCUGAGGAGGCCUGAGUGGUCUCCACCUCAGGAUUAAAUCGUGUCAGAAGGCAAGUGUGCAUGAGCAGAUAAGCAAACCCACCCCAGGCUGUGGUGUCUGCACUGCAGAUAAGCAGAAGCUGCAAGCAUUCUCUUCUUCUGUGGGACUCCUCUUCUUAUUGAAGUAAUGCACAGAUGAAUUAAACAUCAUGGACAGCAGUGACUGAGCUGUGAUUGUGGUCUUGGACUGUGUGUUUUAGGCUUUAAUAGAAAUGAUGGCUGAACACGAGGCAGCAGAGUUGUCUGAGUCUCUUAGGAAGGAGGAUGGUCUUUCCAGUGAGCCAGAGGAGCCAGACACCAACUUCAAGUCCAAAAGUUUGCCUGUUCUAAACGAAGCAGGUCCCCAGGAGAAAGCAUUACUGGACAGCUCAACACGUAUGUCCAUAACGGCGGAGGAGAGCUCUGAGUUCAUCCAGCUGCCCAGCAAGACUGAGUCUUUUCAGGCUGAAUCCCCAACCAGAACCAACUACCCGGCAAAGCCCGGGAAGUCGGCUCUGAACAGGCCGAGCUCCUACAUGGAGAACACGGAGAUCCGGAGGAGUGAAAUCUUGGCCAGGAGCAACCCUCCGAGCUUUUUCAUGUCCGGAUUGGCUCAGAUCCGCCUGCCGAGCAGGAAGUGCCUGAGCCUUAUCCUGCAGGACUCUCGCUGCUUCCUGUUCUGCAUGUGCUACCUGACUUUCAUCCAGUCGCUCAUGGUGUCCGGCUACCUCAGCAGCGUCAUCACCACCAUAGAGAAGAGGUACAGCCUGAGGAGCUCAGAAUCAGGCCUCCUGGUCAGCUGCUUUGACAUUGGGAGCCUCCUGGUGGUGGUCUUCAUCAGCUACUUUGGUGGACGGGGUCAAAGGCCUCGUUGGCUGGCGGUUGGCGGGAUCUUCAUCGCUGUGGGCGCCGCUCUCUUCUCCUUACCUCAUUUCAUCUCCCCGGCCUACCAGAUCCAGGAACUGAACUCAUCCUCGGCCAAUGAAGGUCUGUGCAUGAACAGCAACGCCAGCGGCAGGGAUCGAGUCGACAUCACUUCCUGUCCCAGGGACCAGGAGGGCAAUGAGCAUCACCUGUAUGUGGCGCUGUUCGUUAUCGCACAGAUCCUUGUGGGAAUGGGAUCCACGCCCAUCUACACGCUGGGCCCAACAUACCUGGAUGACAACGUCAAGAAGGAGAACGCCUCGCUGUAUCUGGCUAUCAUGUAUGUGAUGGGAGCUUUGGGCCCAGCGGCUGGUUACCUGCUGGGAGGAGUCCUCAUUGGGUUUUACGUCGACCCCAAGACUGUGGUCAACAUCGACCAGAGCGAUCCUCGCUUCAUUGGCAACUGGUGGAGCGGAUUCCUGCUGUGCGCUGUGGCCAUGCUGCUGGUCAUAUUCCCCAUGUUUACCUUCCCCAAGAAGCUCCCUCCUCGACACAAGAAGAAGAAGAGGAGGAAAAAGCUGAGCCUGGAUGACAUGUCCAGCGAUGACGACGUGCUGAAGGAGAAGAGCAACAACACCAAACAUCAAACGGUCACCUCAUCCAUGGGCUUCGGCAAGGACAUCCAAGACCUUCCCAAAGCUGCGGUGAAGAUCCUCAGCAACGUAACCUUCCUGUUCGUCAGCCUGUCCUACACGGCCGAGAGCGCCAUCGUCACCGCUUUCAUCACCUUCAUCCCCAAGUUUAUCGAGUCCCAGUUCGGGAUCCCGGCCUCCAGCGCCAGCAUCUACACCGGUGUGAUCAUCGUGCCCAGUGCCGGCGUGGGCAUCGUGCUGGGCGGCUACAUCAUUAAGAAGCUGAAGCUGGGGGCUCGGGAGUCGGCCAAGCUGGCGAUGAUCUGCAGCGGGGUGUCGCUGCUCUGCUUCUCCACGCUCUUCAUCGUGGGCUGUGAAAGCAUCAACCUCGGAGGGAUCAACAUCCCCUACACCACCGGACCGACGCUCACCAUGACUCACAGGAACCUGACAGGAGGUUGUAAUGUGAACUGUGGAUGUAAAAUUCACGAGUACGCUCCGGUCUGCGGCUCCGACGGGAUCACAUACUUUAACCCCUGCCUCGCCGGCUGCGGCAGCGUGGCCAACGACAGCAACGGGAUCCGGAACUACUCGGACUGCGCCUGCGUCCAGAGCCGCCAGGUCAUAACGCCAUCGUCCAGCGGUCAGGGCAACAACCAGCUGCAGCUCGUCAUCGUCAAAACCUACCUGAACGAGAACGGCUAUGCCGUGUCGGGGAAGUGCGACCGCACCUGCAACACCCUCAUCCCGUUCCUCAUCUUCCUCUUCAUCGUAACACUAAUCACCGCCUGCGCCCAGCCCUCUGCCAUCAUCGUCACCCUCAGGUCUGUUGCAGAGCAGGAAAGGCCAUUCGCUUUGGGAAUGCAGUUUGUUCUCCUCAGGACUCUUGCGUACAUCCCGACCCCCAUCUACUUUGGCGCGGUCAUUGACACCACCUGCAUGCUAUGGCAGCAGGACUGCGGCGUUCACGGCUCCUGCUGGGAGUACGACGUUACCUCCCUGCGCUUUGUCUACUUCGGCCUGGCCGCCAGCCUCAAGUUCCUGGGCUUCUUCUUCAUCUUCCUCACCUGGUACUCCAUCAAGUACAAGGAGGAGCGAGUGGAGCGCUGGCUCAAACGGCAUCUGUCACCCGUAGACACCGUGGGGAGUCUUGUGUGCCAUCCGGGCGGCCACAAGGGUCACGCCCGCACCCGUUCGUGCCCUGUCAACAUCCCCCGCACCGACCCUGCUGUGCCGCACGCUAACGCCCCUCUGCGCGCUGGUGCCCUUAACCGAGGCGUCAGCACGCAGAGUUGCCCUGGUAAUGAACUGAAAGCAAUAACUCCUCCUCCUCCUCCAGCGGGUUCGCCUGCAGCGGCAGUCGCCCCCAACCCCGCUCCGGCCCGCUCGCUGGAACACGUUUCAGUCCGAGUUUAAAUCCCUGAAACUGAUCCCAGAACUUCUUCUGGCUGCUGGCGCCCCUGUCUGUGUCAAAAACCAUCCACUGGAGGCCCAGAUUUAUUCAAACGUUGGACAGAUUUUAGUGACCGGAGAGCUUAGAAAGCUUGGUGAGAAAAGAGAAAGAGAAAAAUCAGCUUGAAAGCAGUUUUGUUUGUGAUGCAGCGAGCAGAGAAAAGCUCAGAGCUCUUUGGAUGGAUGGAAGAUCACGGAUCAUAAUUCCCUCCCUCACCCUGGCUACACGUGCCUUCUGUCACUUCAGUCCUCACAUGUACAGAACCGGAAAUCACCCCGACAGACUGUAGGACUUUCCUGGAUGGAUACCUCAGCUUUCUCCUCACAUCUGUCUGCUUCUGCUUCUCGUUUGUUACUUUCUUCAUCAUCACGCGAGCGAUGUUCGUCCUUGUCAGAAAAACAAAAAAAAAGAACUCCUGGAAAUGUGAAACAGGAUGAUUCAGUGUUAGGAACUGCAAACCGAUGGCAUGGUGCUAUGUUAAAACAGCGUUUAGUGUCCAGUUUUUGUUUGUUUCAUGUUUGAAACUGUUUAAAUGCAGCCAACAGGUCAGUGGGCCGAGCAGCAGGACACAUUCCUGUCCGAUGUAAGGCCUUUUGUUGCUCCCUCCUGACGCAGCGACACACCGCUGCAGGUUGGAUUGUUUUCCCUUAUGCCAGCUGCGUACAAUGAAUCCAUACAUCUCAGCAGUGUCGUGCAGCCCAAUAAGCAGCUUUAGCUGAACAGAACAGGAUCAGAAUUUGUCCUCCUGACCACAUUCCUGGUGGAAGUAGCCAGCUGCAAUCUUUCAAAUAAGAAAGGAAGAAAGCUGGAAGGAAACAGAACAGAAACAGCUGACUGUCAUGUAGAGUCCUAAUGAAGUUACCUCCUCAUCAUCAGCUGGGAAAGGAAAACGGGUCUAAAGAGGCAGAUUGAAAACUUCCUUUCAUUCCAUCAUGUUGGUUCAAAAACUCAGAUUUACGGGUUUCCAAUGACCGUCCUUCUUGAAACAAUAUGAUGGAAUUAUCUGUGUCAUCAGUACAAAUGUUUGCAAUAGUUCCCGCAGCAUGAAAACGGCGCUCUGCUCUCAGCCCAUCAAACGUAGCUGGAUCGAAGUAAAUGUAGAAAAGCCCUUUCAGUCUGAAACCUGUUUAUGAUGCUCCUACACUGUUAGUGCUCGUAAAAUAGGUUUAUCCCCACUGAGAUGCUCUCCUGCAGCCUUUCAUCAGCAGCACAGUCGCCUCAUGGGUCAUCUCUGAUCUAGGUUCAUUCUUUAUCGCCACCUGCAGGACUUCUCUCUUUAUGCAGCCCUGCCAUAUUUUACCCCACAAAGUCUGAAAUGAGGGUGGAAUGGUAAUUAUUCUGGUACAUUAGGUGAACAAGAGCUUUAUCACUCCCAGCCACCAGCUCAGCCAAGUUGUGGUGCAAUUUGGAGGCGUGCUAAAUCUCAAUGUUAGACGCCUAGCUAGAUUCUAAAAGUUAGAAAGUAAUUCCUUAUGUUAUAAGAUGGAACUUUUAGUUGUUUUAUUCUUUUAAAAAAGUCUAAAUUGGUUUAAAAUCUUUUAAAUCCAGCUGACGGAUCACUAUUUGUUCAGCAGAACUUGCUUCAUCGGUUUCUGCUGGAUUAUAUGUGAUGCAGAUCCUGUAAAAACUCAGUAAAACUGUUUAAAAUCUAAUUAAGUCUCCAAAAAAGGUAAAGACUGGCCUCGAACCUACUUUUUGCAUUCGUAAUCAUAGACUAAAGUGUGAAUAUUUUGUUUUAUAACAUCUGUGAAAGCUUUAAAGAAAUACUGCCUGAUUUGUUUUGGAAAUGUGCCAUCAGGACUGCAAGGAGGGAUGCAUUGUGGGGAUUUCCAGGUUAGUUUCCCAUCAGUUAUGUGGCAUAGUUGCAGAGAUCACUGCAUUCUGUCCUGCCUUCUGUGCACUUUACACAACAAAAACACAAUAUUCCCAUCUGUAACAGGAACUUCCAUAGGGAAUCUCCUGCUGAAGGUGUAAACAGGAAACUUACAAAGUCCGGACCUCAUUCCUCGGCACAUUCCUCCGACGUGUUCCAGCGUUCAUAAUGUGAAAACUGUCUGACACUCUGGACCAGUCUCUGCCUGAAAGAGUUGGGUCCAACAUAGAGCUUUCCCUCAUCUCAUGAAGCCUCCAAGCAGAAAACAGUUUAAGCAUCUAAACAAAGUUCAACUGUAGUAUCCUCACUAGAUUCCCAAACUGGGAUUUCAUUUGAUUUUUUAAUGAUUCUUUUUAAACAGACAAAGCUUGAGGUCAAAUUAAGAUAAAUGUUGGAUGUUAUUCUGUGGUAAAACAUAAAAACAUGAUUUAUUUUAUUAGUUUUUAUAUUUAAAUCCUAAUAAAAAGCUUUGAUUCAGAAUCAACCCAUUAUCUGCCCCCAGCUGAGUAUGAGCUCUGUUGUUAAAUAUUGAAGUUCUACGUUAGCAGGAUAAUUAAACAACUAAGGGAGCAGAUGUGUAUCAUUCUGCAUCUUAGAAGUGAUUCUCUUUUAAACGUCUGUGUGGAAAUAUACUGACCUAAAGCCAUGCAAAGGAGUCUAGGAUGAUUGUACCACAUUCAACUCAAAGGGUUUUCAGAUUUAGUGUUUAAAUUUCAUCAUUUAGAACAAACUAUAUUUUUCUUCAUAAGAUGAGUUAGUUUUAGGUGUUUUAUCUGUAAAAAAUAAAAAAUAAAAUAAAUAUUGUGGUAAUUUUACUUGUUUGCAACAGACCAAAGUCUUAACUUUCAUGCAAACUCGAAUCUCAGAUGAAUUGUUUUCUGAGGACACCUGUUGGUCAGACUAGGAACAGCAUGCAGAGACAGAGGAUUUGUGUCUCUGUCUUUGCAUUUUAUCAUUUAAUAUCUGCAGAUUUUCUUGUAUAGCAACCAGCAGAUUUGGUUGGAGAAUGCAGACUGUAGAUCAUGCUGUUAGUGUGUAUGUUGCAAAGUUGGAGCUCAUUUUCCAGCUGUAAAGACAAUUUAAUGUCGUUUUUAAUAUAUAGAACUUUCUGACUUGGCCCAGCUCUUUUGAAACCCAGCAAACUGCAGAUAAAUGUGUAAAUGUGACGCUUCUGUCAUUAAUUCCAAUGUCUUGUAAAAGUUUUAAAUUAUUUCACAGAUGAAGGACAGAAAACUGCAGUUUAUUGCGUCUGUUGAAGCUGUGCAAAACAUCGUCUGCUUAAAUUAUUCUUAAUCAUCAGUUAAAAACUUAUCAAGGCAGCAGAUGUACUGGCACAAAUUUUAAUCAAAUAUCCAUAAACCCAAGAUUGUUUCCUCAUUCUAUGACAUAUUAUUAUAGGCUGUGUGUUUGUUCUGUAUUGAUUAUUCAUCCAGAUACAUCUUGACCUUAAAAAUUACACUUUAGGACAAUCAACAGAUAUUCAGAUGGGAUCAUGCUUUGCCCUUUCAGAGAUGUUGAGCCCUGAAAAAAUGACAUUAAAAUCAGUCAUUUCACACAGCAACAAUCUGUAAAAACUUUAGAAAUGCUGGAAAUUUGAACUAAAAACACAAAUCUAAAUAGGUUUCCUGCUUAUUUUCCUUAUUUCCCUGCACAUUAUUUUCCAUAACCUGUCUUAAAUCAAUUUAAAUGACUAACUUUUCGAUUUUGUCUCUGCGUUAUUUAAACGACAGAAAAUAGAUCACUUUGAUACGUUUUUUUUAAACAUGUUUUGCUGUUUCAGUGAUGGUUUGAACCUACAUAUAGCAAAACAGCAUUUGCACCAUUUUAUUGCUCCUUUAGGGGUUUAGUUUAUCUACAAUUAUUUGUUACAUUUACAGUUUUUUGUGCAGAGUAUUUUUGUUCUCUUCUGAGUCGAGCCUCCUGUUGUCAAACUGUUUAAAAACUCAAGUUUCUGUGUUACGUUUCAUAUGUGCAAGUUGAGACUUUUACCAAACUCUGCAAACUGUCUCAAAGUUCAGGAUAUUUUUUGAAGAAAACCGUUGCUGACUACUGAACACUCUGCAGCUGACGUUUUACCUGUUGUCAAGCAUAAAAAAAUACAGUCCUGUCCUGUUUUAAUGCAGGAAAAAGGAAUCUAAAUAUUGAUGCAUAUUUGUUCACAGAUGUAGAAUAAAUGUCUCAUUUGAUGCAACGGGAGCUUUUACGAUCCGAGGUGCAAACGGAGCAUUUUUGUUACUUGUGAUUAUAAGAAAACAGACAAUGAUCAUCUCAUAAUGCUGUAAAAGAAGAAAAAAAUCAAACUUGAUGCAUAGUUUCAGUAUUUAACACUUUAGAAGUAGUAGAAUGAAGUAAAACUGUGGAGCACGACUCUGUCUUCAUGUAGAAAAGCAGGUAAUAGAAACUUUUGUCACGUCUGUAUUUAAACCGCUGUUUGUUCUCUGCUUCAGCUGCUCAUGUCUCACUUUUCACAUUAAAAAGCACCUCACAGAAUGAAUGAUCACUGAUAUCUGAAAAGUCAUGUCAAUAAAAACACAGGCCUGAAGAUUUAUAACGUUGUGUUCUUCACCUUGAAUAACUUGAAAUUUCUGUUCUGAGACGGCACAAAAAUCUGCAGAUUUUUCAUUGUCGUUUAUCUCCACAUGGGUCAUCUCAUCAUCUCCAGACUGAUCCAGCAUCUCCUUCAGGCUAGCAGUUUAUGUUUUAUUUUUUUUUAAAAGAAAUCAGUUUUAUUUAUUUUGGAGAACAGUGAUUUUGAUUUAAAACGCAGCACUGAUGGGAGACGGGAUGCGGACCUGUGGACGCACCGUUCACAGCUGCCUCAGAUGCUUGACCUCUGUCUAAAAAUGUGACAAACAGAAUAAAACAGUAUUACAGAAAG